GACAUUUGUGAUCAGUUGUCAUUUUUAUCCACAUUCAGAGAUAUAUAAAUUUUCAAAUAAACACAGUUUUGUAAUAAUCUCACACUCUUACAGUGUUUUUCUGCUUUUUUAUUUAAACGGUUCUUUCCUAGAUUAUUCAAGAUACAUUUUUAAUAACAUUUAUAUUGAUUUGUACUAAAAAUAAGAGCAACUUGUGACAAUGGAGCCCAAUAUUAUGAAUUGGAGCAACAAAGAUGUUUUAGAUUUAUUACAUAAAGAAAACGUGUCUAGUUUCAUAGAAGAUAUAUGCAAAUCCCACGACAUUGACGGACAGUGCCUUUUGUCUUUUGUCGAUCGAGAUUUCUAUGAAUAUCCCUUUGAUCAGUUGAAGUUGGGUGAAAGAAAGAGAUUUAUAUUAUUAGUGAAAAAGUUACAAAGGCAUAAUCGUUCCGCAAUGAUAGAACUCGGAUUGUGCGACGAUCUGCUGAACCCUGCUACCAACAUUAACUUCCUGGGUACUAAUCUGUCCCACCUAAGCUACAAUCUCCACAACAAAAUCCCGAGUGAGAUUGCAUUCGCGAGUACGUCAGAGUGCAUAUCCAGUUUCGCGCCAGAUGUAAAAGCUUCCAGACUUAAACCUGAAAUUUGGAAGACUGCUAUUGCUUUAGGUUAUGUAUUCCUGGUGACAUGGGUGACGGCCGUUGUGAUGGUGAUAGUCCAUGACAAGGUGCCAGACAUGAAGAAGUAUCCCCCACUGCCAGAUUUAUUUUUAGAUAAUGUGCCACAUAUCCCAUGGGCUUUCGACAUGUGUGAGAUUACGGGCUCCGUACUCAUGGCCAUAUGGCUGGUUGUUCUGUUCUUCCAUAAACAUAGGUUUAUAAUACUGCGGAGGUUCUUCGCGCUGGCGGGCACGGUGUUCCUGCUGCGCUGCUUCACGAUGCUGAUCACGUCGCUGUCGGUGCCCGGGUCGCACCUGAAGUGCGAGCCGCGGUCGUACCCGCCGGCGGACGACCUGACGGUGUGGGGCCGGCGCCUGCGCCAGGCGUACGACAUCUGGAGCGGCGCGGGCAUGUCCGUGCGCGGCGUGCGCACCUGCGGCGACUACAUGUUCUCCGGCCACACCGUCGCACUCACGCUUCUCAAUUUCUUUAUUACUGAAUACACAUCUCGAAAUCUGUACCUGCUACAUAUCUCGACGUGGGUGAUGAACAUGUUCGGCAUAUUCUUUAUACUGGCGGCGCACGAGCACUACUCCAUAGACGUGUUCAUCGCGUUCUACAUUACCUCCCGACUCUUCCUGUAUUACCACACGCUCUCCAACAACCAGGCACUCAUGCAGAAUGAUUCUUCCAGGACAAGGAUAUGGUUUCCUUUACUUUCAUUCUUCGAGUCUGAAGUUGACGGCAUUGUACCGAAUGAGUACGAGGGUCCGGUGACUAUAAUGACCAAUUUGAAGCAAUGGUGCAUGCAGCUGGCGACCGAGGUCAAAGAAUCCUCAGUGGCCAAGAUAGCAGGCAGUAAAUUGCAAGAGGGCGCUGCCAUGGGAGAAUACUCUGUUGUCAAAAUUGUGGACGGCAUCAAGAGAAACCUUAGCUUAGUGGAAGAAUUCAAAAACUCGCGGCAGCGUCUUGUCACUCUCGACAAGAACGUGCAAGCUUGUGUGUUAGAUGAAUGCUCCGAACCUGAAUUGCGGCACAGGAACUUGCCCGAUCUUCCGUCAGAGCCUCUGCUUAGGGACUUGGCCAACCGAGACAAUCCACCACCGAAAAUAUCCAAAAAGAAAAUUUAAAAGAACUGAUUAUAGCUGAAUUUCCAUAGAGGCUGUUUGUAAAACUUCAUUGUAGUUUAUUUACAAAGUGAAUUAGAUACCUAAAUGUUUUACAUUUCCAUUAUAGAUUUUAUAUCAUGUUAUUCCAUAUUUAUUUUAUUAUAAGUUAAAUGUAGUAUAAAUUAUUAAGAAAAUUUAUUUGCUCAAAUAACUUGAAUAAAUAACAAUAUGCUUAUUGAGCUUCCUCUUUGUUAA